CUGCGGUUCCCUCCCACAUCUUUCACUCGUUCUCUGAAAUUUUAAUUGACUUUUCUCCCCUCAUAAAAAAAACCUACCAAUGGCUCCCGCAAAGGCAGAGAAGAAGCCCGCGGAGAAGAAGCCGGCAGAGAAGGCCCCAGCGGAGAAGAAGCCGAAGGCGGAGAAGAAGAUAUCGAAGGAAGGAGGAAGCGAGAAGAAGAAGAAGAGAACAAAGAAGAGCGUUGAGACCUACAAGAUCUACAUCUUCAAGGUGUUGAAGCAAGUGCACCCCGACAUCGGGAUCUCCAGCAAGGCUAUGGGGAUCAUGAACAGUUUCAUAAACGACAUCUUCGAGAAGCUCGCCCAGGAGUCAUCGCGUCUCGCUAGGUACAACAAGAAGCCCACCAUUACUUCCAGGGAGAUCCAAACGGCGGUGCGUUUGGUCCUCCCUGGGGAGUUGGCCAAGCAUGCCGUUUCUGAAGGCACCAAGGCCGUCACCAAAUUCACCAGCUCUUGAUUGGUUUCGUGUGUUUAUGUCAGGGUUUUCUGUUAGCCCGAUUUAAUUAGGGUUUCUUUUCCUUUUUAUUUCUUUGAGUAUGUAGAUGUAAAAUUAAAGCCUUUUAUUUUUAAAUAAUAUAAUUGCCGUUUUGUUAACUUGCGUUUA